AUGGCGUGUCCAUUCCUGCAAGAGGUUGUGGAUGAAGAAGCUCUUGUGCUCAGGAGAGCCUUCAGGCGGGAGAGGGUCUUCAGGGACAGGGCGAACCCAUUGGCCUUCCCUGAUGACCACCUACACGAAAGAUAUAGGUUUUCUGCAGAUGGCAUCCGAUAUCUGUGCAGACUGCUGGGUCCCAGGAUCCAACACCACACAGCACGGAGCCAUGCGCUGAGUGUUGAGCAAAUGGUGUGUGUGGCCUUGCACUUCUUUGCAAGUGGGGGCUUCCUGUACUCAGUGGGGGAUGCUGAAAACCUGGCCAAGGCCACAAUUUGCCGUGUGGUGCGUAGUGUCUGUCUAGCCCUCAAAUCACUAUCAGGUGUCUUCAUCUCCUUCCCUGGACACAGAAGACUCAGUGACAUCAAAGAGGAUUUUUAUAGGAUUGCAGGUUUCCCCAAUGUCAUUGGUGCACUUGACUGCACCCAUAUCAGAAUAAAAUCCCCCUCAGGUGCCCAUGAGGGAGAUUUUGUGAACAGGAAAUCCUUUCACAGCAUUAAUGUUCAGAUGGUCUGCAAUGCUGACUACCUGAUCAGCAAUGUUGUGGCAAAGUGGCCUGGCUCAGUCCAUGACUCACGAAUCUUUCGGUCCUCUGCAGUCUAUCGGCGCCUGUCACAAGGUGAAUUCUCUGGUGUGCUGCUGGGGGACAGAGGCUAUGCCUGCGAGCCUUUUUGCCUCACACCCUACGCAGACCCUCAGGAAGCAAGUCCAGACAGAGCAUGCGAUAUUACUGUGGCCUGUGCUGUCCUCCACAAUGUGGCCUGCCUGAGGAAGGAGAGGGCCCCCAGAGUGCCAUCAGAUGUGGACUGGGACAAUCCGGCCAUCUUCCCGGAUGACGACAGUGGCAAUCGGACACAGGUGUGCAAGAGAAAUAGAGGGGGAAGACGCUACAGGAGAAAGCACGAGGAACGAGCCGGAGACAGACGAAGAGUACCGGAGCGAGAGGACGAGAGGGUGAAGCAGCAGCAGCAGCAGCAGUGGCAACGGAGGGGCCGACGACGCGUAGCCCCUUGA